AUCAUCAUUACAGGGGGGCACUCAACGUGGCAACUUCCAUUUCGGAAAUGGCAUGGACGUCCCAGCCGUUUAGGUCGGUCACCGUUGCCAUUAUUGUCAAUUAGAGGAAUCUGGUUUAGAUAACAGGACAUUCCAACUCGCUGAACCUGUGGGAAAAGGUUGUCCUUAAUUGUAGACUGCCCAGUAUGUCCAAGAGAACUUGUGGCCAGCAGAGUGGCUGCAUUUUGUCCUUAUAAAAGUACGUAUUUUUCGUUUGGUACCUUUUCAGUGCUCUGUUUCCUGGUAUUGUUAUGAAGUCUGAAGCCCUGGGUAACAUUUCAGCUGUCAAAGUGACACAGCCAAGCACUGGUCAUGGAUCAUGCAAACAUGGCUAUUAAUAUACGAAUGUACCUUUUUCUUGUGUAGAGACAGGGUUAUAACUGACUUUGACCAAAAUUGUCAAAUUUUCUUUUCGAUGACAUUCAUUAUCACAAGAAAACCACCCUAACAUUAAAUCAUCAUUAAUGGACUGUUGACUUCUGAAAAUUCAUGUGGCUUUUCUGUAUAAAUAUCGAUCGUGUACCCAAGUUAAGCUACUACCAGCUUUGUCCAGCACCAUUCAACGCCAGACUUGUUGCUUCUCGCUCAUCUGACAACGUCAUCAUGCAGACUCUAGUUGUAUUCCUUGCCGGCUUCGCCUUGUUUGCAGGUGCUCAGGCGUGCUCUGACGACACGAGUCGGUUGGACCGAUGCUCAGAGGAGUUCGAGAGGAAAAGUAACCUGUUGAUUCCCGACAUCGAGGCUGGUCGGAGGUCGCAUACCGCCAUCUGCCCGCUGGGAGUUGAGCUGGAGCAGUGCAUGAUGCGCUUCGUGAACAACAUGUGCGACGCAUUUAGCAAACGGUUCUUGAGACCUCUGGUCCGAGAUAUGAUGCAGGCCGCUAUGCAGGAGGCUGGGUGUCACUACAUGGCCCGUCGGGAUACACAGAAACUGGUGGCACGUGUCCGGUCGUUGUCCAAGGCAGAAGCCCUCACCACAGAGUGAACAGAGCCGUCGUGCAUCUCCUCUGUCUUCGCUCGUUCACGGGGACACAGAUUCGGUGUUAUAGACCAUCUCGGGUAAACCAAAUAAAUACAAAUGUUCAGCACACAACACGACUUUUUCUAAAUCACUA